AUGACGGCGGGGCAUGCUGUGCGGCGCCGCGCGGGCUCCGGCACUCGCUCCGCUACUCGCUGGCUCCGACGUUGCGACGCACCCCUUCACCCUUCACCUCUCACCCUGCACCCUGCGACUCUCGGUCACGGACCGCGCAUGCGUCUAAUAAGUCCGCGCACAAACGGUAGAGUACGUCUCGUCGUUUCGUUUGUGGCUAGCCUUACAUUUUCUACUGCGCUUCCCUUCUGCGCCGCUGGUUUCCUUACGGCACUACAGCGUCAUGUUUUCUUCCGCCAGUAUUGA